AUGGGGGACCUACGAGAGUCUUCCUCGUUCUCAGUUACGCCUCGGGUCCGCUACAACACCAUCGGGGGUGUAAACGGCCCAUUAGUUAUCUUAGAAAACGUUAAAUUUCCGAGAUACAAUGAAAUUGUGUCAUUGACACUACCGGAUGGUACUGAAAGGUCUGGACAAGUACUGGAAGCCAGGGGUGAUCGAGCUGUUGUGCAGGUUUUCGAAGGCACGUCAGGAAUUGAUGUCAAAAAGACGAAAGUUGAAUUCACAGGACAAAGCUUAAAGCUUGGUGUCUCCGAAGACAUGUUAGGUCGUAUUUUUGAUGGCUCCGGAAGAGCUAUUGAUAAAGGACCCAAGGUUCUGGCAGAAGAUUAUUUGGACAUAAAUGGGAGUCCAAUAAAUCCGUAUUCUAGAGCAAAAAUGAUUUCUACCGGUAUCUCUGCUAUCGACACGAUGAACUCUAUCGCCCGUGGGCAGAAAAUACCAAUUUUUUCUGCUUCUGGUCUCCCACAUAAUGAAAUCGCGGCACAAAUAUGCAGACAAGCUGGACUGGUCCAGAAACAAGGCGUCACAAACAAAGGAACCCAUGAUGGACAUGAAGAUAACUUUUCAAUUGUCUUCGCAGCUAUGGGAGUCAACUUAGAGACAGCUCGAUUUUUCACUAGGGACUUUGAAGAAAACGGCUCACUAGAACGCGUUACUCUAUUUUUAAACUUGGCAAACGAUCCUACUAUCGAACGUAUUAUCACGCCUCGUCUCGCACUCACAACGGCCGAAUACUACGCUUAUCAACUCGAGAAGCAUGUUUUGGUAAUCCUCACUGAUCUCACUGCAUAUUGCGAUGCUCUACGUGAAGUCUCAGCUGCUCGAGAGGAAGUACCGGGCCGUCGAGGGUAUCCAGGAUACAUGUACACAGAUCUUUCCACAAUCUACGAGCGAGCUGGCCGUGUUCAUGGGCGAAAUGGUUCUAUUACCCAAAUUCCCAUCUUAACUAUGCCUAAUGAAGAUAUUACUCAUCCAAUACCUGACUUGACUGGCUAUAUUACAGAAGGGCAAAUAUUUAUCGACCGCCAACUAGAUAAUCGAGGUAUCUAUCCCCCAAUCAACGUGCUUCCAUCUUUGUCUCGACUUAUGAAGUCAGCCAUUGGCGAGGGACAUACGCGUAAGGAUCACGGCGACGUCUCAAAUCAACUAUACGCCAAAUACGCUAUUGGCCGAGACGCUGCUUCCAUGAAAGCUGUUGUCGGUGAAGAGGCCCUUUCAUCAGAAGAUAAGCUUUCUUUGGAGUUCUUGGAGAAAUUCGAGCGCACUUUCAUUUCACAAUCUCCUUAUGAGUCUAGGAGUAUUUACGAGUCUCUUGACCAAGCAUGGAGUCUUCUCCGUAUUUAUCCAAAGGAGCUGUUGAAUCGGAUUCCGCAUAAGGUUCUUGCGGAAUACUACCAACGCUCCGCUACGGAUCGCAAAGGCAAAGGUCGGGCUUCUAAAGAUACUAGAGACACAACUUCUGUCUCAAAGACUGGUGAAAACGGGGGUGAGGGUAAAUUAAUCGACACCUAG